AUUCUCUAUCUUCUUCUAUUACAUCAUAACUGCUACAAGGCAGCCAGCCACUUGCAAACCUUUCCUCUGAUUGACAGGAGAUCCCAGGAGUGUGUGCAGCAGCUGUGUGGCCUGCUUUGCCCUCUCUAUAAAUAAUGCCCAAAUGUCAGGGACUGCUAACUGGGUCACCACCCAGCCCUCCUCCCCCCUUGCCACCCUACUGCCCCUGGCACAAGCCAUGCCUUUUUCAUUGAUGACCACACCAAGCACAGACAAUAAAAUAAAUAUAUAUAUAUCUAUAAAAGAAGCUGCCAUGCUUUCUGCCCAGACAGACAGAAGGGAGCUGCGCCUUCCCUCCCCCCAUGCACAGCCCUCAUUGGCUGGGCUGCUUUGUCUUAGGGGAGCGGAGUGCCCCCUCCCUUUGUGCGAGGCAGCUGCAGCACAUUUGAAUGUAUAGAGGGGGGAUUUGAAGGGACCAUUUGCAAUGGGCCAUCUGUCUGGCAGGCAGCAGUAGUAGCAGCAGAGCAGAGAAGAGCAGAGCAGAGCCCAGCGCAGCCCGACCCCUCCGACCAGACAGACAUCGGCAGAGCCCCCCAGCAAGCAGCGCCCACUCUGCCAGCAUGGUGCUCGUACACGUCGGAUACCUUGUGCUUCCAGUCUUCGGCUCUGUACGGAACCGAGGUGCCCCAUUUCAGCGAUCUCAGCAUACUCACGCUACCUCCUGCCGCCAUUUUCACCUGAGCCCUCAACCCCAGCUCCCGGACUUCCCCCUGCACCACCACCCGGUCCAGCCGCAGCAGGGCAUGACAUCACAUAUGGCUACUGCACACCAGCAUAAUGGAGCACUGCACCAGCCUCUGCCACCUCUGCCUGGCCUACCGUUCCAAGAGGUGGCCGGACCCUCCUUCCUACCUCAGGCCCUACACCAGCAAUACCUCCUCCAGCAACAGCUCCUCGAGGCUCAGCACCGCCGGAUGGUUCCACACCACAGGCGGACUCAGGAGCGAAUGUCUGUCCAUCCGCAUCGGUUACGUCCAGGCUUCGACUUCAACCAACAAGUGCAGAUGCCACAACCUUUGGGGUCCCGGUACUUGGCUGAAGGGACAGACUGGGACCUCAGUGUGGAUGCCAGUUUGCAACAUGCACAGUUCCAGGUCAGACCCGUUCCUCAGCACUAUCAGCAUUACUUAACGAACCCGCGACUGCAACACUUCCCAAGGAACACGUCACUGACCCAAAUGGUUGUCCAUGAAAUCAGAAAUUACCCUUACCCGCAGCUUCAUCUCCUUGCCCUCCAGGGUCUCAGUCCAGCGCGGCACACGUCUGCUGUGACGGAAAGCUAUGAAGAACUGCUGCAGUUAGAGGACAGACUGGGAAGUGUGACGCGGGGAGCGGUGCAAAACAUCAUUGAAAGAUGCACAUUUCCACACAAAUACAAGAAGAGGAUACCACAUGAUGGCAAAGACCAGAAAGAAGACGAGGAGGAGGCGGACACAGACGAGAAAUGCACAAUCUGCCUGUCAAUGCUUGAAGACGGAGAGGAUGUCAGAAGGUUACCCUGUAUGCACCUCUUCCACCAAGUCUGCGUUGAUCAAUGGUUAGCGACCAGCAAGAAGUGCCCUAUCUGCAGAGUGGACAUCGAAACGCAGCUGGGGGAGGACAGCUGAGAAGAAUUCCCCUACGAUGGCGUCCAAAUUCUCCUUAUCAGGUCCACACGGCCUUCACCUGCAGUAAACCUUUUGCUUCCUGAGCCAUUUAAAGGACAGUCUGCAAGCACAUUAUUCUGUAGAUGAAUCAUAGGCACGUAACAAAAAAUAAAAAAAAUACUGGAGGAUCUUAACAGCCAUAAAGACCCAUUUUGCAAGGGAAGCAGGUCUUCCUCUUGCCACAGGGCCCAAUUGCUGGAGACGAAGACUGGCCCUUCGCAGGUACUCUUAUGUCAGUCUGGCUUGCCAAUCCUGCACUGCAAAGAAUUGUACAUAUACCUCUCUAAUAUGUAGAAUCAAGUAGGGGUCGUAGCUAUAACUGUGGAUGGCAUCCGGAGCAUGUUAGCUUAAAAAAAAUAUUGUGUUCGGUGCCCUAGUCAUCUUGUGGUGGACAUGUUGCUAUUAGCCUAUUUUUGCACCAAAUAAUAUUUACCAUUUUAUUUAUAUUUAUUUUUUGUCUUUUUUUUUUUGGUGCUUGAAAGAGCCAUUUGACACAUUGACAUUUUCGAACUAAAACUUAAGGCGAAGAAUAAAAUCCUGUUUACAGUUUAAAAACAAAAAAGGAUUGGUUUGGAGCCUUAAGUUUUGUUACUUUAUUUGAACUAAUUUAUUAUUCUUACUUAUGUUUACAGAGGAUGAUACAAAAGGCAAAGCUUGUAAAAAAACGGUGGUUAUGGUGGACUCUGCUGAUGCUGGGGAAAGGUUUUUUUUUUCUUUGUGGCCUGUUUUCUAGGUAGUCACAUUCAACUGGACUUUGUUCUGUAAAGUUGAAGACGUUUCGCUACUCAACCAAGUAGCUGAGGAAGCCCCUUGAAUGAGAGAGAAAUGUCUUCCACAUUAUAGUCCUACUGCUAGGUAUACCAUGACCUGAAAAGCGGAGAACCUUCGCGGACAUAUGUCCUUUUUUUUUUAAACCCUACUCUUCAAAAAACUUUUUGUCGGGAUCCUGGUGAAGUAAAUCACAAGCUUGCUUCAUGUCCACUGGCGAUAUUAUUGUGUGGUGGUUUGCACCUUUGGCUCCAACCACAAGGCCAUCAAAAAGUCUAUACUCUUGAUGUCUAUCUAUGAUGGCAGUUUGGUGAGAACUGAGAUAAGUUACCACUGGAGACAUCAAGAGAUAUGUUAAGCCAGAAAUUCAGUCUGCUAACAAAAAAACGUGCCAGUUUUGGGUAGUGGUGGCCUUUAAAGAAUAAAAAUUUAGAAAAAAAAGGGAAUUACAGCCAUAUGUAGAAAGCAGCCACAAACAUUCUUAAUGCCGUCUGUCCUAAAAAGGCCUACGAAAAAGAGAAAUAAUAAUCUGGGGAAUUUAUUUAAUUUUUUUUUGCCCUAUGAGUACUAAAAUUUACCGAUUACCCUUCAAAAUUUAAACAAGAGCUCUCAUUGCACUAUGCUCUAUAUUAUUUAAAAACGGCUUACCAUUGAGUAUUUUUGUAGUUCUACCCUAUAGUGCCAAAAUAUAGCUAUAUCCUUCACUUGGGAAUUUUAGUUAGCAGCCAUUUAGUAUUUUAGGCUCUAGUCAUUCUCAACCAUGGUUUUGUGGGUCCCUAGGUUUCCCCCAGAAGUUGCUAUGGGCUACUUGAGCUGGUGGCUGAUUGACCUUUCAUCUGAGUGUGCCUUCCUCGUUUUGGGGCCAACGCCACUUGGCAGAGCCAAUGAUCUUUUUAGCUGUCUGUACGGGUAGCAUUCUGACCACUAGGGAUGGGCUAUCUG